AUGGGUUAUUCUUCCUUUGAUGCAUUAGCUUUCUUCUUCUUGGUCUUUCUAAUUAAUCUCAUUUCAAACCAAGCCUUGGCUUGGCGACCAGUUGAUCCUACAAAAGGGUUCAUUUCUCUCACACUGAACCGAUCGUACUACCAUAUUCAGAGGCCUUAUGAUGUUCCUGAAGAGCAACGUUAUAGCUUUGUCAAUGGAGUUCAUAAGUGCUGGGUUUACUCUACGGACAAACCUCAUACUCUUACUAGUCAAACCAAACCACGUACUGAGAUUGCUAUACAGGGAUAUAACUAUUCAUCCGGGGUUUGGCAAUUUGAAGGAUACGGGUAUGUACCCUAUGGAACAUCAGGAGUGUGCAUUAUGCAAGUUUUUGGAGCAAGUGCUCCUCAUGCUACAACCCUAAUGGUUAGGGUUUACAAUGGUUCUCUCAUGUACUAUAAAGGUCCAGUCUUGGUCCCAGACAUCUAUGACAAAUGGUUUCGGCUAAAUGUUAUUCAUGAUGUUGAUGCUGCAAAAGUGAAGGUUUACAUCAAUGGUACCCUAAAAAUAGAGGUAGAUGGUCGUGGUGGCACAUCUCAUGCCUUCAAAUGUGGUGUAUAUGCCCAAGAUAAUGAUUCGUAUUAUAUGGAGUCUCGUUGGAAGGGUAUCAAAGUCUUGAAAAAAAUAUGA